GCCCCCGGUAUCUCUGUUUCUCUCGCUUGUUUCUGUCCUCCCGUCGGAGGCUCGGAGCUUUAAGCGGACUCUCUGUGCGGAUAGGAGCGCGGCUGAGCGGAGGAACCGGACCAUGUUAAAUGGACGGCGCGUCGGCUUCAGAGAGCUUCAGCUCUGGACAGUCACCCCUGGAUUUUAAUGCCAACCCCUGUGAGGAGCUUUGUGUGGCACUGGGACCUUAACACACACACGCACACACACGCUGAUGUUGAGCCUCAUCCCUCAGUCGGUAGAACUGGCAGACCUCUAAUCUCUGAAAGAUUGAUGAGGUCUUGUCCAGGCGCAGGAGGCCUGGCACGGCGUCGAUAAGGCAGCUUUCAUUUCACCACAUUUCAUCCGUCUCCUCCUUUACUCCACGCCGAGGAGCCCCGGGGGGGGGACGCCAGCGCUGGCGGGGGGGCAGCUCUGAAGACUGAGAGGAUUACGCCAUGGUGUGAAGGACGCUGCUUCAAGAAGCCAGAGACCAUGAAUGUCCCUGCGAGCCCGGACCUGGUGGUCCCGUCUGACGGCUGUGUGGAAGCUGAGAGCCGCGGCGUCUCGCCGUCAACCUGCCGGAGCUGCGCCACGGCGAGGCUGCCGAGCUGAGAGUGGCUCAACACGCACACGUCUCGCACACACACGCACACGCACACACACACACACACCAGAGCCUCACGCAGGACAAUGUGCAACAUCUCCUUCUGUGAUGUGGACAGUAAAGUGGACCAGUUCUUCCAGCCAACGCUCUACAUCAUAGUCAUCAUCCUGGGCCUGCCCACCAACUGCAUGGCUCUGUGGGCCGCCUACAUGCAGGUUCGCCAACGCAACGAGCUGGGCAUCUACCUGAUCAACCUGUCAGUGGCCGACCUGCUCUACAUUACCACGCUCCCCCUGUGGAUCGACUACUUCCUGCAGCGUGAUGACUGGAUCCACGGUCAGGAGAGCUGCAAACUCUUCGGCUUCAUCUUCUACACCAACAUCUACGUCAGCAUCGCCUUCCUGUGCUGCAUCUCGCUGGACCGGUACCUGGCCGUGGCGUACCCGCUGCGCUUCGCAAAGGUCCGCCGGAUCAAAACAGCUGUCCUGGUCAGCGCCAUGGUGUGGGUCAUCGAGAUCGUCGCCAACUCCGCUCCCCUCUUUCACGACGAGCUCUUCAAGGACCGCUUCAACCACACCUUCUGCUUUGAGAAGUACCCCAUGCAGGACUGGGUGGCGGGCAUGAACCUGUACAGGACCUUCCUGGGCUUCCUGGCUCCCUGGACGGCCAUGCUGGUGGCCUACCGCGGGAUCCUCGCCGCCGUGCGCUGCAACGUUUCCACGGAGCGUCAGGAAAAAGCCAAAAUCCAGCGGCUGGCUCUGAGCCUGGUGCUUAUAGUGCUGUUCUGCUUCGGGCCGUACCACAUACUGCUCCUGGUCCGCAGCAUCAUGUUUCUGAGGCAGCCCUGCGACUGCAGCUCCGAGGAGACCCUGUUCGCGGCGUACCACGUGUCGCUGGCGCUGACCAGCCUGAACUGCGUCGCCGACCCCAUUCUGUACUGUUUCGUCAACGAAGGCGCUCGGCACGACGUCGGCCGGGCGCUGUCGGCCUUGCUCUCCGCCGCCUGCCACAGGGGCUCCUCGUCCUCCCCGUCGCACGCCGACAUGCUGAACGCCGGCUCGGUGACCAUGGAAACGCCGCUGUCGGUCAAAAAGCAGCCCUGCGUUUACGCCGACGGAAGCAAGACCAGCAGCUACAAGACUGAGCUGGUGGCUCUGAAGGAGGAGUGUCUUCAGAUGACCAUCCUCAGCGUGAGGAAGUGACCUCCGCCUGGAGCAAAGCGACGGGUCCGAACUGCACAGGAGCCUCAGAUGGGUCCUGGAAGUCCACUUGGUUCUGCCCCAGGGAGCCAAAACCAGCAGCUGUGGCCAACGAGCCUUCUCCAGCUGGAAAAACAACCAGAAUGUCGGCAGGGUUAAAGACGUAAACCAAGUACACACUGAUCAGCCAUAAUAUUACCGCUGGGUGGAGUUCACUCUGACGUGGCGGGAUGGAGAUGUGGAGUCGGACUUGUUGGACUCGUUGCCUGCACCUUCAAGGCAAAUAAAUCUGGAAUUGACCAAAACAACAACAAAAAAGGCAGAAUUUGAAGUACAACACAGAAAAUCUAAGAAUAAAGCCCUCAAACUAAAGUUGUAGGGAGCCAGCUGUGGAAAUGUCUCCCGCCACAAUAAGAGUAAGAUCUCUCAGCUGUCAAAACAAACACGAUCAUAAACAAAUGUCUUCACAUGUAUUAAAUCACUGGAUCAAAGAGCGGUAAAGGAAGGUGAUCUGAUCUGAUGAAUUGUUUUUAUCUAUCAACAAGCACUUUGAGGUAUUGAGUUGAUCUGCAGAUUCUCCAGAUCUCAAUACAAUAAAGCCUGGCAGGGAUGUGUUGGACGGACGAGUCUGAUCGGUAGACGACUGAAGCAAGCGUCUUUCCUAAUGUUAGCCAGGUCAUAAUGUUAUGGCUGAUCGGUUCUUGGUCCAUGGUUCAACCCAGUAAAAGACCACCUAACGGCUGGUCGGCGGCAGUGAGUCCCAGAUCGGCUUCAGCUCGGCGUCUCGGAUUCGGUUCAGCCUUCAUCACGCAGCGCCUCAAGCUAACGUUAGCAUCUUGGUUUGGCUUCACCAGAAGGACUCUGGCCUCCGGACGGCACUGGGUCUCAGUCGAACGCCAGGAGACGGAGCGCCGGUGGACAUAAUGUUCUGCACCUCCACCCACAGGGGGUGGGGGUCUUUCUGAAGUGUGGGAAUUCUGAUGGCGAAGCCAGUGAGGAUCUUUUUCAGCAGCUUGGAUGUUUGUUGGAACGUGUUUGCUCUUAGAGGAAUAGCUAAAGCGCUUUCCGCCCAUAGCAUGACUGAGUGUUCGUGGCUUGACAGGAAGCUGCAUGGCACAUGUUGUUAAAAGAAGAGAAUGAACGGAUCCUUGUGGUUAGAUGUCGACGAAGCCUUAUGAAGUACCUCAGCUUGUAAACUGUGACCGCAGGCUCGGAGCUAAAGUGUCUUCUGUCCCAAUGUGAGCCAUCACUUUUCUCAUCAGUCUCCAGUCACUUACUGCAAAUCGAGCUCAACCUUCAUCAAAUACUUUUCAAAUCAAUCCACUGUCUUGGCCUAAAUUAGAGAUUGGGGUAUGUUUUUACACGUUCCAACCAGAAGUCAUAGUUGAAAAAAAAAAGUCUAAAAAUGACAGUUUUGUGGCAGUGUUUACUGAAGAAGUGUUGCAGACAAACAUUUAAACCGUUGUGACUCCGCACUGUAUGUUAAAGCCCAGAGUGGGCUGAUGAAGUUUACAUUUCUGUCAAAGAGAGGACUCUCCUCACUCAAGCUGUCCAUCAUUUCCCAAAUCCUUCUCUGUAACAUUCAGAUUCAUUUGCUCUCUUUGCAAGUGUCAUUCUCUAUACUUUUCAGAUUUACAUUUGUCUUUUCUAGAUUUGCAUUUUUUUUUUUUAUACGCUUUCCCUUUUGUUGAAGCAGAUACACUGGCUGCUAUUUGUCGUUCUAAGGAAAUAAAUUCAGAAAUAUGUUCAUGUCUUAUGAAACAAAUUAGCCUUGGGAAGUGAGGAAACAUGCAUUCGGCUGAUUAUUUCUGUGUUGUAACUCUGCUUCUUGGCAAUAAAUCGGAUAAUGUUGGAAAACCUGCUUGUU